AUGACCACAACCACGACCACGACCGCGCCCGAGCCUGCGCCUGCGGCUUCGGCUGCUCCUUCUGCUGCUGCUGCUGCUACUGCCGCUGCCGCCGCCCUCACCGCGCUGCCCGCGCCCCCCCACCAGCUCGCGACCCGUCGCAGGGCGCUCGCAGGAUCAUUCCCUGCGAGCGCUGCGUCGACGCGCUUAUGGUGA